UUUGUACGGGAAAAGAGUUUCAGAGAUGGGCCAAUAUAUCGUCCCUGUGCUACUCCUAGCGAUAGUAGCACUCUCCUCCAGUAACGGUAAUGUUCUUCCAAUAUCCAUAAAUGACUUCAAUAGAGAACAACUCGGCUAUGAUAGCCAAAACGACAAUAUAUUUAGUGAUAGAUAUGAAAGAAGAAAUGUACUUGAUCAAAUAUACAAGAUGUAUGUCGCACAAGAGAACAAAGCAGGAUCAAUAAAUGAUUUACAACCAAAAUACGCAGAUGUGGACAAUAAUCAAAAUGAUGAUAUAUUCAAUAUUCUAAGUAAAGAUGACAACUAUAAUGGAGAGGGUUUCCGAAAAGAACAGUGGCAUAAUUAUCCGAGACAAUUAGAUCGCCUCCACAAUUUCUAUGGACGAGAUACCGACAAGAGAAAUUUCGAUCCCGACCCGAAUAAAGAACGAUACACUGAAGAAGUUGCACCUGAUAGAACCAACGAAAUAUACUUAGACAGCAAACCUGCUACGAAUAAUGUCUACGAUGCAGUGGUAGCUGCGCCUAACCCCUUAUUAAUACUAGAAAUGCGUUUAGCGUGCUUGAAUAAAGAUAUUGGUAACGCCAAUGCCCAAUUUGGCAAUCUUAUAGAUGCUGGACUAGAAACCAAUAUGAGAGAGGAUUAUAAGAAUGAAUUCAGGAAUGAAAACCCCGAAGUGAGCGUAAUUAAAGUCAAACGGGAAGGCGUAACUAGUUCACAAAGUAACGAGUCAACAGACGAAAAUCAAACGCAGAACAAAGCAGUGAAUAAAAGGAUCUUCUCGCUAUGGAGUCGUCUGCAGAGCCUCAAUCACAAAGGGCAUGAACUACAACAUCGGCGACAUCUACAUUCGUUUACCGGUCAUCUCGAUUCUGAUGGAGGAGGGGCCCUCACUGCAGAGACGCGAGCUACUUUUCUACGACCUCCUGGCUCCCCACUCAGAUGGGGAUAAAUGUACAAGGAAUUAUUAAAAUGGCUUUUAUAAUUUCCUACUGAUUUGCAAUAACCCAUUAGUAAACGAGAAACGUGAUAAGUAUAUCGGGUGGAAGUAGUAACAUUGUUAAAAUAGUAGAAAAAAAUAUUGUAACUGGCUGAAUUUGUCCAUUUAGAAACUUUUUGUUUUAGAUCCGCAAUGCUUCGGUAUAAUUUUAGGUAUCUCUGGCCAGUUAUAUCAUUGUCUAGUGAUAGAUGUAUGUGUUAACGACGAAAAUGUGUAUUUAAAGCAAUAAUAUUAAUUGGAAUGCUCAGUUUUAUACUUUAUUCGAUUGGCAAAAUAUAGUCAUUACUCAUGUUUGCAUUUUUACUACGAUAUUAUUUAAAUAUAAAUACCUACAUUGCAUUUUCCAUUCGAAAUUUUAUAGUUUAAAUUCCCUAAAAUGCUGAAUAGUACAAUAAAACGACCAAAUGUUUGCUAUCGUUUUUGAUGGUUGUCUGGUAGUAAAUAACAAUUUAUAACAAAUACUUAUAUUGACUGUUUAUACAUACGAGAACAAUAUUACAAUAAGUAUGUUAAUCGAAUAAAUAUUAGUAUUUUAAAAAUUGACUGUGGACAUUAUCGUACUUACUUUCGUUCUUGUGUGCAAAAAUUUCAAUGCUUAUUGUCUUCUGAACUCUAACUAUUUUUUAAUAAAUAAUCC